CCAAGUAACUGAAGAUAACAGCCGAUAUAUUUUUACAAUAUGAAUAUAUCUGCACAAAUUUAUUUAAGGGUGAAAAUAUAUCUCAUUAGUAUAUGUUCAGUUGCAUCAGCAGUGUGACAAAUAUUUGUUAUUUACUAGUCUUCAGAGGUAUGACUGGAACAAUGUCGCAUCUUUCACGAGGGACUCUUAUUACUGUAAUUCUAUGUUUUGUAAGCAGUUACGCUGGUGAUCCUGGAUGCGGUCCAGACUGGCAAAUUGUUGGAGACAAGUACUGCUAUAGAGUGAGCAAUGUCAGAAUGUCCUGGUACAAUGCAGACAAAGAAUGCAAGAAAAUGGACUCCACUUUAGUUAGGUUGUACGAUCAAUCUAUGAUGAGUGAUGUCCAGAGUAUUACUAAGAAUAGCCAGGACACAAGAUGGUGGACAGAUCUAAAUGAUCUAGCUGAUCCGAAUGUAUGGGUGUAUGAUCGAGGCUCGUACGCCGUCAGUGCUGACAUUAGUAUCAUACAUUGGAUACACGAACCAGACGAUACACAGCAUCUUCAGAAUUGUGGAGCUUUAAACAUCCAGGGUAGUGUAAGUGACGAGCGUUGCGGGGAUAAAAAGGGAUACAUUUGUGAAUACCUAAACAAUGCUGGUGGAUCAUGCCUCGAUGGAUGGUUCAACUAUAGUACUGGAUGUUAUCAUUUCCCGUCCGGCUUAGAAGAUCCAUUUAACAUGCUCACUUGGAAUGAUGCUAAACAGAAAUGUUCCACCCUUCUAAAGGGCACAACUGCGGCGUCACAACUAUCUCAUCUCCUAUAUAUAGAAUCUCAAAACGAACUGCAAUAUAUCAGACACCAGUUACCUUUAAUCUCGUUGACUUCGCAGUCAUGGUGGAUUGGACUGACCGACAAACAGACAGAAGGUCAAUACAAAUGGAUAGAUGGAAAUGCUGUUGAUAAAAGUCUAGUGUUUUGGGCAGAGGAGCCAAACAAUUUGGGAGGUCAGGAAAAAUGUGUUUUUACGAAUAGCAACGGUUCUUUGGCAGACCUUAACUGUACCAACAAAGAAAGCUAUAUAUGCAUGAAAGAAAAUGAUAUGAGUAAAAACGUUUUACUGGGAUUAGGUUGCCCCAGUGCCUGGACAAGAGCUGGUCAAUUCUGCUACCUAAUUGAGACCUACCAGAAGAAAACCUGGUCAGACGCCCAGGGUGCUUGUGGGCAGGCCGGCUCAAGCCUAAUAAAGAUAGAUUCACUUGACAAAAAGACAUGGAUAGAAACACAAAACAGCAUAUUUGAAAGCGGCUUGUGGUUUUGGACUGGACUCAAUUUCCAGAGCAAUACUUGGCACUGGGCUGAUGGGUCCUCGGCUGACCUGAAUUUAGUUAAAUGGAACAUGGAGCCAAACAAUUACAAAGGCAACGAGGCAUGCGCAGUUGCUAUUAAAUCUGGAACCUUUAACGACGUCAGUUGUCUCAUAAAAGCGGGCUUCAUAUGUGAACUUAAUACAGAAGACGCACCUUGCCCAACAGGAUGGAUUAGUCGCAAUGCUGGUGACCAGACGAACUGCUAUUAUUUCAGCAAAACCAUGGCAACAUUCGAUGAGGCUCAUUCAAAAUGCAACCAGCUCAGUUUCCCGAGAACGUCAUAUCUUAUGGCGUUUGGUGGCCUUUCAGAAUUAAACUGGACACUCGCCCAGCUUCAAAAACAAACAUCAAACAUUACAGAAUGGUAUACUGGGUUGACAGACGAAGGACAUGAGGGAUUCUGGGGGUUCGACACAAGCUGGAAUGCACCUCCGCCAAGCGGAAUCAUUCCCUGGACGACAAUGCCAAAAUUUGUGAAUGGCAAUGAAAAUUGUGUUGUUAUUAUAUUUGGUGCUGUGUACAUUAACACCGUGUGCUCAGACAAGCGGCCUUACAUUUGUGAGAGACCCGCAUACGGUGUCAGUUCAAGCGCCGGAUCAAAAGUGUUUCUCAGCAAAUACUCUGUGUCAUCGGUGUUCAUUCUUGGAAUGUAUUUCGUCGUCUACGCUCUGAUUCUUCAUUACCUUUUACAUCUUACAUAUGUUCUGUUUCCAGCAUUUGCAUAAUAAAUGCAUAUAUUGUAUUUCUUGCACGCCGAACUGUCGUUUGUUGCACAUUGGACUGGCGUUUCUGGUGAUUUUACACUAUUAUUGCCGGCAAUAACCGUCUGACAUUCUAUGUAAGAUGACGACUCUCAUGAUGUAAUUGAUAAUAUACAUGUUAUGAAAAUUUUUAUAAAAAUCCAAUACCUUGA